AUGGGCCUAAGGAGCAGUGGUACGGAUGCUGGGGGUGAUGGAGUAGGACCUUCCAAUAUGGGUGGUAGAGAUAUUGAUGUGCCGCAUGGCAUUCCCCCCAGUAAAAUUGUGCCUACAGCUUGUAGGAAAGGAGACGGAGCCACGGAGCAAGGGCAAGAGGCGGGUGGCGGAGGUACGAAGCAUAUGCAGUAUUCACGGCCUUUGUUGAGGGUUUCCCAGUCCAGCUCGCAUAGCAUCGCAUUUCCCAAAUGCUUCUCCUGCUUUACCAAUUUCGCUCCCCCUUUAUGCGAAUGCCAAUCCAACGACUCUAUCCCGCAACCCCUCGUCGUUGUCUCUUUCUACAAGUUCGCCGAUUUCCCAGAGCACGCCGAUAUGCGAAAGCCCUUGAAAGAGCUCUGUCAAGAUCUGCGUGUUUCAGGUGGUAUAAUUCUUUCACCAGAAGGAAUCAAUGGCAGCAUAUGUGGAAACCGAAAAUCCGUGGAAACAGUUCUUGAUUUCAUCCAAACUGAUAACCGUCUAAAGGGGCUAAGGCAAGUGGAGUCACCUGUGAGUCCUGAGGAAGAAGCUAUCCAUCAUGGACAUUCUAGAACUUCUCCUCUGGCAGCAGGGGAAGAUGCCCCCUUCAGAUGGGAUCAUGUGAGGAUCAAGUUGAAAAAGGAGAUUGUUUCUCUUGGAAUGCCUUCUGUUUCUCCUAUCGCAAGAGUUGGAAAGUAUGUAAGCCCAAGGAAUUGGAAUGCAUUGAUUAGUGAUCCAGACACGGUGGUGAUAGAUGUACGCAAUGACUAUGAAACUAGAAUUGGGAAGUUCAAAGGAGCUGUGGAUCCACAUACCACAGCAUUCCGGGAGUUUCCUGCCUGGGUGGAUGAGCAUAUUCAACCUGCUAAACCAGACUUGCAGCAUCCUGAGGUUGAUGCAAAUGGUACAAAUGGAGGCACUGGCAAACAAAUAGAGAUUCAAAAGAAAGAAAUACAACUGCGAGUUGCAAUGUACUGCACAGGUGGAAUAAGAUGCGAGAAAGCUUCAAGCUACCUCCUCAGCAAAGGUUUUAAAGAGGUUUAUCAUUUGGAGGGUGGGAUUCUGAAGUACCUGGAGGAAAUUCCAAAGAAAGAGAGCCUGUGGGAGGGCGAGUGCUUUGUGUUUGACAAGCGAGUCUCUGUGGAGCACGGUUUGUCGCAGGGAACUUUCAAACUCUGUUAUGGGUGCAAGAAACCUGUAAGUGAAGCAGACAUGGAAGCUGCAGAGUGGGAGUAUGGAGUGUGCUGUCCCUACUGCUACUACUGGAAAUCUGAAGAAGAGAAAGAGAGGGCAAGAGCUCGCCAAAGGCAAUUUGAGGCAUGGGGCAUUAUUGGUGGUCCUGACAAAGGUCGUCGACCAACAUUGAGAACUGAUGAUGUUGAGGGGAAGGUUACCCAGCUCCCAAAUUCAGUUUAGCUUGCUAAAAGAAAAAAGGUUUAAAUAUUUAAUUUUGACACGUAAAUUAACACAAUCUCAAACCUUUUGUUUUAUUUUAUUUUAAUUGCACUUUCCAAUUUUUAGCUAGCAACUAUAGGAAAAAGGUUUAAAUAUUUCUAGUGUAAAAAUUUUUGAGGUAAAGUGUAUGACUAAAUUCUUGUCCCAACUUUUGUUUGAGACAUUUGGGUUUAUAUACAUUUAAAUAAAAAUCUAUAAAAUUUUAUACUA